AUGGAGAAGUACGAGGCGGUGCGGGACAUCGGGUCGGGCAACUUCGGGGUGGCGCGGCUGAUGCGCAACCGCGAGACCCGCGAGCUCGUCGCCGUCAAGUGCAUCGAGCGCGGCCACCGGGUUCACGAGAAUGUCUACAGGGAGAUCAUCAACCACCGCUCGCUGCGCCACCCCAACAUCAUCCGCUUCAAGGAGGUGGUACUGACGCCAACAAAUCUUAUGAUUGUCAUGGAGUUCGCAGCAGGUGGGGAGCUGUUUGAGCGAAUCUGUGAUCGUGGGCGCUUCAGUGAGGAUGAGGCAAGGUAUUUCUUUCAGCAGUUGAUCUGUGGUGUGAGCUACUGCCAUCACAUGCAAAUAUGCCAUAGAGAUUUGAAGCUGGAGAACGUUCUCUUGGAUGGCAGUGCAGCUCCACGGCUCAAAAUAUGCGAUUUCGGCUACUCCAAGAAACUGUUCUUCCCAUUUCUGGAUCAGUCAUCAGUAUUGCAUUCAAGGCCCAAAUCAGCAGUGGGGACGCCAGCAUAUAUUGCACCAGAGGUGCUAUCCCGCCGUGAGUAUGAUGGAAAGCUUUUCACGGGAAUGGAGAACUGUAGCAUUGGCAUGCCUGUUUCACUUAGUUUUUGCCAUGUUGGUGCUUCCCUGAUCGACCCAGCGACUGUGGGAGUGCUUGCAGAUGUGUGGUCUUGUGGGGUGACUCUUUACGUCAUGCUUGUGGGAGGCUAUCCAUUUGAAGACCAGGAUGACCCCAAGAAUAUACGCAAGACCAUUCAGAGAAUCACGAUGAGGGAGAUAAAGAGCCACCCAUGGUUCCUGAAGAACCUGCCAAGGGAGCUCACAGAGACGGCGCAGGCCAUGUACUUCAGGAGGGAUAACGCCGUGCCUUCUUUCUCGGAGCAGACUUCAGAAGAGAUCAUGAAGAUCGUCCAGGAGGCAAGGACCAUGCCAAAGUCAUCCAGGCCAAGCUAUGGUUGGGGCGAUGAGGGUUCGGACGACGAGGAAGAGAAGGAAGAGGAAGAGAGGCCAGAAGUGGCGGAGGAGGAAGAGGAGGAUGAGUACGACAAGAGGGUCAAGGAGGUUCAUGCAAGCGGAGAGCUCCGCAUGAGCUCGCUACGCAUAUCAUGA